AUGCGUUUUGUCACUCCAAUUUCCCUGUUCUUCUCCAUCUCGGGAGCUGUGCUUGUUCCCGGCCCUACUGGCCCCUAUGCCGUGGCCAUGAAGGAGCAGCCUCUGACUGACACGAGCCGCGCCGAUCCUUUGGAUCCUACAGGCAAAAGCAAAUCCCGCCGCCUUUUGGUCUCUCUGUACCUGCCAGUCGAUACAUCAAGACGGUCAUGUCCUACCAUGACAGUGCCAUACAUGACUCCGCCCGUGGCAGCCUCUUACGGACAGCAGGCCGCUCAGUUUGGUCUUCCUGAUACGUUGUACAAUGAAUUCCAGAUGGAAUUUUGUAAUCUAAAAAAGCUCUCUCCUUGCGGCCAAGCUUCCAAUAAGAACAAGGAAUACCCUUUCAUCUUCUUUGACCCCGGAUUUGGAGAGUCGAGGCUCGUUUACAGUGCCAUGGCUCGAUCUCUGGCCAGCCAUGGCUAUGUCGUUGUCUCUGUCGACCACCCCUUUGAUGCCCCUGCAGUGCAGUUCCCUGACGGAACAGUCAUUGAGGGAGCUGACCUCGACGACUCCAAUCUUUCGGUCCUUCAGAAAGUUCUCAAGCAGGUGCGCAAUGACGAUAUUCGUUUCAUCAUCAGCCAACUCGAGGACCCAAAGAUCAUGAAGCCUCUUCUCGCAGACUUUCCCGGCAAAAUAAACUACAAGCAGCUUGCCAUCUGGGGCCACUCCUUUGGCGGCGCCACCGCUGCCGCCGUCAUCCACUCCGACAAGCGAGUUGUCGGCGGCCUCGAUCUCGACGGCAUGCUGGUCGACCCCAUCCUAAGCACCGACAUCACCAAGCCUUUCAUCCUGGCCGGCCGCAAGGGCCACGAUGCCGAAGACCCCUCGUGGAACCAGUUUUGGCCUCAUCUCAAGGGCAAAAGCAUGGAGAUUGCUAUUGCCAACACGCAGCACGGUGCUUUCAAGGAUGACUUGAUGCUUCUUAGCACGAUGAACUUUACUGCUGAAGUCAAGGAGGCCCUUCAGGGGGUGUUGGGGAGCAUUGACCCGCAUCAAUUGGACAAGGAUCUGAAUGGAAUCUUGACGGCAUACUUUGAUCUCCUCUUUGAUGGAAAGAAGCAGCCUCUACAGGCUAUUCCUCACAACUUCGCCAAUGUUACUAUUGUGCGAAGCAACAAGCUCUAAGAUGCUAAUCAGCAUUCGGAGAUGUGAGAGCCUACGAGGCUGUCGUCUGUAAUUAUGUUAUUUCUUUUCUAUUUCUAUUCUAAACAGCUCUAAUAUUGACUUUAUUCC